AUUUUUGUUUUUUACCAGCGAGAAUAUAACCACUACGUGGUUUUUACAAUCACGCGCACACAAACGGAACAGAGAACACCAUUUGUCAACCGUGAAAGAUAAGGAUUUAGAUAAUUUAAUCAACUCACCAAACAAAAAAAUUAUCAAUGUUUAUUCGGUUUCUUUUGAUAACGGUGUGCAUUAUCGAGAGAGCUGCGUUCCAAAACACAAGUGACAUGGCUAAAAAUUUGCCGAAAACUAUGAGGGCUGUUGGCCUUUAUAAAUAUUUACCGAUAACUGAAGCCGAUAGCCUCAUCGAUUUGGAGGUAAGCUUGCCGACGCUACAGAAGACUGAUGUUUUGAUUGAAGUGAAAGCAGUUGGGGUUAACCCUAUAGAUGCCAAGCAAAGAGCUCCGAAACCUCAAGUCGAAAAAACACCUAGAAUACUUGGUUGGGACGGUUCCGGCGUGGUAAUCGCAAAAGGAGACAGUGCUAAUAUUUUCAAGGUGGGUGACGAAGUGUUUUUCACUGGAGACUUGCGGAAAAAUGGAGCCAACGCUCAGUACGUAGCCUUGAACGAGGUCCUUGUUGGGAUAAAACCGAAGAAUUUAUCGUUCGAGCAAGCUGCCGCUAUGCCCUUAACGGCGGUGACCGCAUACGAGUCACUUUUUGACAGACUGCUUUUAACCGAGAAAGAUAAAGGGAAGACACUGUUGAUAAUCAAUAGUGCCGGUGGUGUAGGUUCUAUUGCUUCCCAGCUGGCAAAGACUUCGGGGCUCAAAGUCAUUGGAACUGCCUCUCGGCCAGAGACUAUAGAAUUUUCGCGCCAAAACGGCGCUGAUAUCGUUUUAAACCAUACCCAAGAUCUUCUGCCGCAAUUAGACUCUCACGGGUAUAAGAAAGGCGUUGAUUUUAUCAUGGUUAAUUAUGAUCCUUAUCCAUAUUGGGACACUAUAAUGCAAGCUAUCAAACCUCAAGGACGUAUUUGUCUCAUCGUAGACAGUAGUGGUUUAGUUGAUUUAAGAGCGCUGAAGGAUAAAAGCCUCACAUUGACAUCAGAAAUGAUGGGGACAAGGAUCAAAUACGAAACUGAAGAUAUGAUCAGACACCACGAGAUUUUGAAUAUUGUCUCGAAGAAAUUAGAGACUGGAGAGCUGAAAUGCACCCUGAAUAGAGUUUUGAAACCAAUUAAUGCUGCGAAUUUGAAAGAAGCUCAUAAACUACUGGAAAACAAGAGCUUAAUCGGCAAACUGGUGUUAUCCGGAUUUUAGCACACGCUAUAAAAUGAUCUGUUGAAAUUUUGUUUGUAUCCUACAUAUACAAUAAGAGUUAAUAGCACUUACAUAAAACAAAAUAAAAAUUUGCAAAGAAA